AUGGAGAUCCUGGAUUUCCCUGACGACGUUCUCGUCAUCGUUCUAUCAUAUCUCCAACCAGAAGAUUAUCUGGCUUUUUGUCGUACUCAAAAGGCUGUUUACCAGAGAUACAGACAAGAUCCUCUUUACUGGAGAUCAAACGCCUCAGGGACAUUUCGCCUACCCAUCAGCCCUUUACUUGCUGCCGACGGGCCUCGCUGGUACUGGUUGUACAAGCGACUCAAAACCCAGACUCAGCUGUACACCUGGGGUCAAGGUGUCAAGGGCAACCUGGGGCCUGGAAGAGCCUCUCCAUUCACUCGACCUCUUCCUCUUCCCCACCACCCUCCUCGACCCACUCCUGGCGUUAUACCCUCGGUAUUCCUGCCAGCUCCUCAUCCUUCCCGGCCUACUCCUCAUGUUGCCCCUUUUGUUGGCAGCCGCCCUCGCCCAGUUCAGCGAGUUCCGCCGAGACCACGAGAAGUCUUUAUGCGGACAAGCUCAGCCUGGCCCACCGAAGUUCAUGUUCCUGACGAGGUCGGUAUCAUUGCUGAUCUCCAAUGUGGAGGUUGGUCAACCACUAUUCUCAGUUCCGCCGGCAAGCUAUAUACGGUAGGCUCUGUUGACUCUCUCGAUGGUGUCAAUCGUGGAAGGGCUGCUCAGUCUUUCGAAAAGCUUGAGUACUUAACUCAGAGCACGUCGGCUCUUCAUCACUUUUCGUCCGGACGACGUCACAUUCUCGCCCUAACCGACGAUGGCGAAAUUGUUUCUUGGGACAGAGUCAACGCUAAGGGCCUUAAAGUGUUCUCUCGAAAUGGCCGCGAUUUUGGUGGAAGACCUGCUAGAGUGGCGGCGGGCUGGAAUGAAAGUUCGGCCUACGUUCCUCAAGUAGGUAUCGUAUACUGGACUCCAGUCCAGAACGACCACUCAGCUGUAGAGCUUGAUGGAAUUCACGUGAAGGAAAAGGUGAUCCCAGGGACAGCUCGCAAACAUGCUGACUCCGGCACCUUCGAGGUCCUGAAACAUAUUGUCCUUGAGGAAUUUAUCCUUUACAUCACCAGUGAUUCUAAACUGUAUGCCUGUCAAUUGGGCACUGACAAUCCAGAUCAGACUGAGCCUUCCCACCCACCCUUCGAAGUCCCUGGGUACAGUGCAGAAGGCCGUGAAUUGAAGGAUGUUCACGGUCAAUUCCAGAGAUUUGGAGUGUUCACCGCGACCGGAGAGGUUCUAGCCGGCGAUGUCAACUACCUCAAGAAAUGCUUCAAUACGAUUCGUCAGCAUCCUAGCCGUCAGCUAAACUCAGACGACUGGGCCGGCUUGACAGAAGUCCUGGCCAGCCGACCACAAGAUGUCCCCGCUCUCCAGCACACAAGCGUCAUUGCACUCGCAUAUGGAGACUACCACUACCACGCCCUCCAUGCCGAUGGAAGAAUCACGUCCUACGGUAGAGACUCACAGCAAUGUGGUUCGUUGGGUCUCUCUCAACCCCUAUCCGGCGGCCGCUUCCGAGGCCUGCGUCGUGAACACCCGAAUCCCAGAAGCGACGCGGAUCUCCUCCCAAUCUCCAACCUUCGCGGACGACAGAUCUGGUUUGAGCCCGAACGUAAGGACUGGUUGAACUGGCUCGAGGAACAACUAAACGAAUCACACCUCAACGUUGACGGACAAUCCGCACGUACAAUCUUCGACAACGAUCCGGCCAAACAAGCUGCGUUUAGCGAAUGGAUCGAGCAGGAAGGCCGGCACUGGGACGAAGGCCCACCCUCACUCACCAGCACCAGCACCAACACGUCCGACCCAAAAUCCAAAUCCACAGACCACAAACCCGACCAAGGAGGCGACUACGCCCAUCUCGGCGUCUACUUCCCUAUCGCCAUCGCCGCAGCAGGCUGGCACAGCGGGGCGCUCGUCCUGAAAGACGAGGACCGCGCACACGAGAUCCGCAGCAAAUGGCUGGUGAAGCGACAGUCCGACGGAGACGAUGAUGAGAAGCAACAGCCCAUGCCCGGCGCGUUCGAGCAUGAAGAGCCCGGCGAGAUCUACACGUGGAAGACAGAGGGCUUCCCAAAGAUCCGUCUGCCCGACGGCUUUGAGAUGCCUGGCAUGGGCGAGCCCAGACCUUGGAGGGAUGGGACGCCAACGAUGCGGGAUUUGGGCCUUGCGGAUUAG